UGGCUGUGGGCGGCUGUGGCUUUAUUUACUCCUCAAGAAUCGUUCAUCUCUGCUGACCUCCCUCGUCGUCCUCCUCCACUCCGCUCUCCAACGCCACGACGCGUCCCAAUUAAACCCUACUCCUCUCUCUCUCUCUCUCGUUAUUUCCGCCCGCCUCUCGCAGAAAAAAUCAGACAGAAUAAGCGGAGGGGGAAGGGAGAGGAACAAGGAAACAAAAUCAGACAGAAUUCUCUGCGGUGAAUGGAGGUGCCGGCCGAGUGCGCGGGCGGCGGGAGGGUCAAGAAGGAGGCGGACCUCUUCCUCGUCGACGACCUACUCGACCUGCCGUGCGACGGCGACGAGGAGGAGGUGCAGGAGGCGGUGGUGGAGGAGGGCGAGGGCGAGGGUAGUAAGGCGAGGGAUUGUGGCGGCGCCGGCGGCGAGGACGGUGCCGCCGGGAACGCUUCGAACGAUUCGUCUACGGUGACUGCGCUGGACAGCUGCAGCAACUCCCUCUCCGGCCUCGCCGACGGGGACUUCUCCGGCGGGCUGUGCGAGCCGUACGACCAAUUGGCGGAGUUGGAAUGGCUGUCCAACUACAUGGGCGAGGACAACUUCCCGACGGAGGACCUCAAGAAGCUGCAGCUCAUCACCGGCAUCCCGCCGGCCUCCGCCUCCGCCUCCGCCGCCACGGCCUUCGCUCCCACCCCCGCUCCCGCGGCCGCAGCGGCGCAGCCCGGCGGCGGCGUGUUGCCACCGGAGGCGCCCGUGCCAGGCAAGGCGCGCAGCAAGCGCUCCCGCGUCGCGCCAUGCAGCUGGGCCUCCCGCCUGCUCGUGCUCCCGCCCACUCCCGCCUCGCCGCCAUCCCCGGCGUCCGCGGCCAUCUCGCCGUCCGAGUCCGGCACCGCCGCACCGGCGUUCCCGGCCAAGAAACCGUCGAAGCCCACCAAGAAGAAAGAAGCGCCGAAGGCCCCGGCGCCGAACGCCGCGGCGUCGGGCGGGGAGGGGAGGAGGUGCCUGCACUGCGAGACCGACAAGACGCCGCAGUGGAGGACGGGGCCGCUGGGCCCCAAGACGCUGUGCAACGCGUGCGGCGUGCGGUACAAGUCCGGGCGCCUCGUGCCGGAGUACCGCCCGGCGGCAAGCCCGACCUUCGUGGUGUCGAAGCACUCCAACUCCCACCGCAAGGUGCUCGAGCUGCGCCGCCAGAAGGAGGCGCACCUGCACCCGCACCACCAGUACCAGCCGCAGCCGCAGGCGCUGGGGCAGCACGUCGGCGCCGGGGCCGCCGGCGGGCUGAUGUACGCGCCAGGCCCGCUGCUGUUCGACGGGCCGGCGGGGCCGCUCAUCGGCGACGACUUCUUGAUCCACAACCGCAUAGGGCCGGACUUCCGUCAGCUCAUCUAGGGACGUCGCCGCCGCCUUUGUUUUGCUCUAGAGUUGAUCCAAUAGACCAGGAAUAAUGCAGCAAAACCAGAAACUAAUCCUGUUUAGGAGGGGUUUUUCUUCAGUUUUAAUUAUCUGCCAGCCUUUUUUGGAACCCUGCUUAUUUUUGUUUCUCUCCAUUUCUCGGUUUUUCGAGGUUUUUUAGACUCUUCUCAGUUCUUGAGUUUCUAACCCCUUAGAAAAUAAUUCUAGGGAGUUACUAGUUUCUUAGCCUUUUUUUUUCCUUUUUUCUCUUUGUUAGCAUCUUUUGAUUUGUAUAAUGCGGAGCUCCUAGAGGAAGAGUAAACAAGCAGUUUUUAAGUUCAAACUCCAAAGCUA